AUGGCUCCCGGCAAGGCGAACACAGAUGAGCUCAAGAACACAAAGCUGUUCGAUGUCUCCCAUGUCACAGCUAUCGUCACAGGAGGAGGCACCGGUAUCGGUCUCAUGAUCACGCAGGCGCUGGUCGCCAACGGUGCUAAGGUCUACAUUACCAGUCGACGUGAAGAGGUCCUGAAGAAGACAGAGGAGCUGCAUGACCACCAGAACGGCGAGAUCAUUCCUAUUGUAGCAGACGUCAGCGACCCAGAGGAUGUCAAGCGUCUGUACAAGGAGAUCAGCGAGAAGGAGCCCCAGGGUAUUCAACUGCUCGUCAACAAUGCUGGUAUCGCACGUGACGACAACACCAAGUUCUCUUCUGCUGGCGAGCCAGAGUGGGAAGACGCACAGUCCAUCUCCGACCACUUUUUGAAGUCGCCUCCCGAGUCUUGGGCUGACACCUUCAAGACUAACGUUGGUAGCAUCUUCUACAUGUCGAUGACCUUCCUGCCUCUUCUCGCCAAGGGCGGAAAUAAGACCCCUGGCUACACCUCCUCAGUUGUCAACGUCACGUCCAUCUCCGGCGCGAUGAAGGGCUCCAGCUCAGGACAGUUCGCAUACGCCAGCUCUAAGGCCUCCGCAACACAUCUGUCUAAGAUGCUCGCAACAACCUUCGUUGGCACCAAGGUCCGCGUCAACGUCAUCGCGCCUGGUGUCUUCCCAUCCGAGAUGACCACUGGCUCGUCCGAUGAGGACAACAAGAGUGUCAUUGAGGGUGGCAUGUCCAACCCUGCUGGCAGGCCCGGCAAGGACUCUGACAUGGCUGCUUCGAUUCUCAUGCUGGCUGGUCCAGGUGGUGUCUUCUACAAUGAGCAGAUCCUGUACCCUGAUGGUGGAAACACCCUUACUCAGCCCAGCUCCAAGACCUAA